AUGGCCAAGCGCCUCCUGACCCAAACAACUUCUCUUCCGUGUCGUAUUGCAGUCUCCUCCCCAGGGUUCGCUACGCCGAUGGAGUCCCUUUCAUUCCGGGCAACUGCUCGCCAUAAAGCUGUGCGCCGGUUCUCCUCUACGUCGUGGAAACAGUACCACAAGGAAAAUGGCAGUGAAGGAAACCCUCGACGCGGGUUUGGAUCACGACUGCGAUUUGCCUUGCGCAAUACCAAGGUGGAAUGGUAUCCCAUCCCAGUGGGCCUCGGAAUCGGCCUGCUCGGAGUGCUCUCCUUCUACAAAUCGCAGCGUGCGGAACGCGACCGCGUCGAGCAGGAGGAACCCAGUAAUGAGUGGGAGAAUGGCAAACGGCCACCUCGACGACCUCGAGUGGUGCCCACAGGUCCCUGGCAGGUCCAGGUGAUGUCGACCUUACCCCUCAAGGCCAUCUCGCGUUUAUGGGGUCGCUUCAACGAAAUCGAACUACCCUACUAUCUCCGUGUCCCGGGCUUCAAGCUCUACUCAUGGGUCUUUGGAGUCAACUUGAGUGAGGUCGCAGAGCCCGAUCUCCAUGUCUACCCCAAUCUUGCCGCCUUCUUUUAUCGCAAAUUGAAACCUGGCGUUCGUCCAGUCGACCUCGACCCUCGUGCGUUGGUUUCCCCCUCUGAUGGACGUAUCCUACAAUUCGGUAUGAUCGAGCGCGGCGAGGUUGAACAGGUGAAGGGUAUGACCUACAGCUUGGAUGCACUCCUCGGCGCCGCGACUCCUGUGACCGCCGAUCGUAGCAAGCACAUGUCUGAUUCCACCGACCAGGUGGGCCAAGCGGAUGUGGAAAACAUGAAGGCCGACGAGGAAUUCGCCACCGUCAAUGGUAUUUCAUACACUCUGCCAUCGUUGCUGUCCGGUGAAUCUGGUGCACCUGCCAAGCGACGUGCCUCGAUCGAUGCCUCCACGACCUCCAAGUCGGUCUCUGAAAGUGAAGUGCAGGAACAGCUGGCUCAGGCCGAGGGCACUUCUUGGUUCGCCCCAAAGGCCGCUGCGAACCGUGCGCUCUUCUACAUUGUCAUCUACCUGGCUCCUGGCGACUAUCAUCGUUUCCACUCGCCCACUGAGUGGGUGGUGGAAAGCCGCCGUCAUUUUGCUGGUGAACUUUAUUCCGUCUCACCCUACUUGCAGCGUACUCUGCCUGGACUCUUCACUCUCAACGAGCGGGUCGCAUUGCUGGGCCGCUGGCGAUGGGGCUUCUUCAGCUAUACCCCCGUUGGUGCCACCAAUGUGGGCUCGAUCAAGAUCAAUUUCGAUGCCGAGUUGCGUACCAACAGCCUGCUGACCGACACCGCGGCAGACAUGGCGGCAGCUCAAGCUGCCGAGCGAGGUGAAAAGGAUCCAGGCUACGUCGAGGCUACCUACGCUCAUGCCAGUCGCACCUUGGGCGGCCACCCGCUUCGCCGUGGCGAGGAAAUGGGUGGAUUCCAGCUUGGUAGCACAGUGGUGCUUGUCUUUGAAGCCCCACUUGGCACUCGUAAGUCGUUCGAUGCCGGCUGGCCGGAGGAGGAGCGACCCGAUGGCUGGACGUGGUCGGUGGAGAAGGGCCAGCGGAUCCAAAUGGGUGAACGAUUGGGCUUUGUUCGAGAAGGCUAA